GACGUGCAAUUAGGUUCUUCGAUGAACAGUGAUCCGCGACUCCCUUCAAUCGGAAAUUCCCCUUGAUUUUGUUAAUUUUUCUGGGCGAUUCAUAAUGCCUUUGAUUCGUGUUCAACAAGAGAAUAAGAUUCAAAGCUCAAUUUGGUGAUUCGUGGCAGGAAUUUGGCAGAAACUAAGGUCAACAUUAGCGCAACUAUUGUUCAUCCACGAUGUUGCAGGUCUGAUUUUUUCGUUCUUACUGCUGAUUUCAACCCAAAGAUUGAGGUAUUUGGAGCGGAUAACAUUGCCUAACCACAAUCUGGAGUUUAUUGAUUCGUCCAAACAUGAAUUGUGAGCUUUGGGUGUAAUUGGAGUCUCUUAGCACUGUUAACAGCGCGAGACAUACACUGGAGGUUCUCCAUUUCAAUUCCUCUUUCUGGUUCCGUUUUUGGGCAACCCCAAAGGAUUUAUGGCAUAGGCAGUGGUAAACACCUGUCUGCAUGUUUACUCUCCUCUAUUGAAAUUGUGCAGGCCCCAGCUUCUUCCUCAAUUGAUGGUGUGGCCAAAAAGAAGCCCAAACAGAUGCACACGAUAGCCCUAGGGCUCAUUGGAGGGUACAAAACUCCUUGGGGAAGGCCAUCAAUUACACGAGAAGACGAAUGGCACUUCACACUUUAAAGAAGCAGCACCAGAUUCAGGUUGAUAAAGUAGAAAAUUACAAGCAACCUUUUGGGAGUGAACCAGGAAGGUUGGGGAAGUGGUGAAGAUGGAUGAGGGGAUUGAGGGGUUGGAGGUAUAGCCAUUUUUUAUCAAUACAGCCCUCAACAAAGCUAAUUAAGCUUCUGGUUGAACUUUAGAAACGGGUUUUGGCAUGUGACUCAUCAACAAGCUUUGCUUCAUUUAUGGUUUUCAAGACUUUACAAGAGAAGAUGGAGACUACCCAGAAGAAGAAGAUUUUUUCAGGAAUAAAAAACUUUCUCUUAAGGAAGCUUACUAGGCCAUCUAAGCGCAAGGAGAGAUUCCCAUUUACUGUCAAAGCUAGAUAUAAGAGGGAUACCACGCCUGAGGAGAUAGGAAAGAGCCUGGAAAAAGGUGGAUUCAAGGGUGGAUUUCGAAUCUCAAGAGUCACUAGAUAUCAGGUCCUUGGGAAACCAAUCAAGCUCGAUGAAACCACAGCGAGGGGAGGCUAUUAUCAAACAGCCAGAGUUCUUGUGGAAAUGGACGUUUCCAAACCUAAACUCUCUUCCAUCAAGGUUACUUCUAACUACUGGGUUAGAAACAUCACUGUGGUUUACGAUCAACCUCUUUAUUGCAAAUCCUGUAAACGUUGGGGACAUUGUUGCACCAACCCGUCAACCGCCGGAAGAGUCUUGACCGGUGGUGAACUUCAGACGGGAGACAAGACCACUAAUCGUGGGUCCUUUGAGUGGACUAGGGUGGAGCGUAAUGGGAAAAAACUGAUGCACGUAAAUACAAGGAAGAGGGAGCCAACCCGCUUGCAAACAUCCAAUAAAUUCCAGGCACUUGUAGACGAGAAUUCUGCUGACACUAUGGUUGGAGAUGGCCCAAGCUCCAUUUUCCAACCUUCAGUUAUCCCUAAGGCUGUUACUUCUUUGGAGGCGGGCCCAAGCACAGGUAAAGUAGGAAUUAUUAAUGACAAAAUACCACUACAAACCCUUGGCUCGAUCUCUCCAGGGAACCCCACUUCCCUCCUCGUGAAGCAAACAGCACUGAAACAUACAUCCACUCUGGACUCUCUUGGUCUCCUUUCCACAUAUGCUGAUCCUGAAACCCCUUGCACCCCUGUGUGCAUACACUCCGAUGGUGAAGAAAUGAAUUCCUUCAAACUCAAAUUGGGUAUAACCCAUGCUGCCUCCUUCCUUCAUAACCAACUCUGGAUUUUCUGGAUGGAACCCACCCUCACUCUCCUGCAAACUGUAGAACUGGAACAGGUUGUUCACUGCCAUUUCAACUCUCCCACUUCUCCUGGUCCUAUCUGGAUCUCCUCCAUUUACGGAAAACAUAGUAGGUCCUCCAGAAAGACUUUUUGGGAAUCUAUCUCGAAAUGUAACCCUAGAACACAACCGUGGAUAUUGGGUGGGGACUUUAAUUGCAUCCACAAUAUUGAUGAACACAAAGGGAACACCGAACCUUGCCACAACCCUAUAGAAGAUUUCAGGAAUUGCAUGGAAGCCAACAAUCUCCUUUAUCUCCCCCCUUCUGGAGGACAUUUCUCAUGGAGUGGUUCUCGGAGUAGUGGAAAGGUCUGGAGAAGGCUGGACCAUAUCUAUUGUACUCAACCCGUGCUUGAUCAGUUUCCCACUCUCUCAUUAGAAAUGCUUAGCAAAGGUAGCUCGGACCACAGACCCUUACUGCUGAAGUACUCCCUUAGCUCCUUUUCUGGACACAAACCUUUCAAGUUCCUUAACAUGUGGACUUCUCAUCACUCUCUAGAGGCUACAAUCAGGAGUUUCUGGGAAAGAAACAAAACCUUUAAUGGAAUGCAAGGUUUAGCAAAUAAAUUGAAGGCUUUGAAGCCAAUCCUUAUCAAAUGGAAUGGAGAGGUUUUUGGGAAUAUUUUCCAAAAACUUAAGGAUGCCGAAGCCUCUGCCCAAACAACACAAACCUUUUAUGAAGCCAACCCUUCUCCUGACUCCCUAGUGGCAGCUAACAAGGCUAAUGCUGAGUUAGUUUUAAUUACUAAAAGGGAAGCAGAAUUCUGGCAGCAAAAGGCAGGUAUCAAAUGGAUUAAGGAAGGUGAUACUAACUCCAAGUUCUUCCACAACUUGGUUAAAGGGAAAAGGUUAAGGCUUCAUAUCUCCUCUAUCAAAAAUGACGAGGGGAAGAUCUUGGAGGAUAAAACUGAAGUAGCUACAUUUACAGUUAACUUCUUCACCAAGUUGUACAAAGCAGAUUCUGUCUCUGGUGAUCCGCACAUUUUUAGCUUUAUCCCAAAACUUAUCAAUGAUGAGGACAAUAAGCUUAUCUGUACCCUACCUCUAGGGGAGGAAGUCAAGAAGGCAGUUUGGGACUUAAAUGAAAGCAGUGCUUUAGGGCCAGACGGUUAUAAUGGAGUUUUUUUAAAAACUUUUUGGCAUAUCAUCCAACAAGAAGUGAUUCGGGCUAGCCAGGAAUUUUUCUUGGGGCUUCCCGUCCCGAAAUCCUAUGGAGCCACGUUACUUACCUUGAUUCCCAAGGAGGACAACCCAAAAAGUCUGGGGGACUAUAGACCUAUCUCCCUAUCUAACUUCAUCUCCAAAAUUAACACUAAGAUAUUAUCCAACAGAUUGAGAAACCUUCUGCCGAAAGUGAUCAGUCCUGAACAAAGUGGCUUCCAGGCAGGUAAGGGAAUUGAUGAGAACAGGGGGAGUGCCAAUGUUGCAAUAAAGGCUGACCUUUCCAAGGCUUUUGAUAGACUCUCCUAGAAAUACCUUGAACAGAUUCUCAUCUCCUUUGGAUUCAGCCCUACUGCUUGUCACCUCCUCAUGGCAACUCUCAAGGCCACACACUUCUCUAUUCUCAUUAAUGGUGUCCCCUAGGGCUUCUUCAAAAUGGAGAGGGGAAUCAAAUAGGGGGACCCGC